AUGUAUCCGCAUGCCAGCCAACGCACGGGCGACUGCAUGGCGUCGCCGCAGAUGCAGGUCUCGGGACAGCCGGCUAGGAUAACACUGCUGGAACGACCCAAAGUCGAGUUGAUCGAGCCAGCGUUCAAGGAUGGUCAAAUGCGCCAGCACGGCUUUGGCUUUGUUGUUCUACUCAUUGACUGCAGCAAAGCCAACAUUCUCGACUUGGCAGCGGCGACUUCCACGGCGGUCCACUGGGCUCGAGUGGCAUACGGACGAGACACAAAGCAGGUGAACAAGUGCACUUUGGACCAAGUGCAAGUUGGCCUUGAACACACACAACCGCACUUUACGUCUUUGAAUGACGACCAAGUGCAAGUUGGCCUUGAACACAACGGCAAAGUGCGGUUGUGUGUGUUCAAGGCCAACUUGCACUUGGUAACUCCGCAAUCGAAUGCGCACGGCAAACGUGUCAAGAUAGACCAUAUUUUAGCGCUCACGGACAACCAGGUCGUGGCACUCAUCAAAGCCGACGGCAAACUGAACGUUUUCAGCUGCGUCAUGGGUGGCCUGGAAGUGCAGGCCCCCUCAGCGCCGUCGAGCUCAACGUGUUCACCCCCCCCCCGUCCUACAGCCAGCUCGUCAUCCGAUAGGGGGGCGUUCCCCACCUCAUUCACGACGGCACCCACGUAUACGAAUCUACCCUCGUCGUCAAGUACUUGGACGUUUGGUCGGGGCGCCCAAAGUCGCAGCAUUAGCGGACUUGGUUACGCCCACGUUCCGUUUUACGGCUACCUGGGUGGUCGCGACGAGGGAACGCUGUUCACUUGUUUGUGGACGGAAUGCGCGCCUUCGAGCCCUCUUGUCAGAACUGGAGAUGAUCUACCGAGACCCGCCAAGGACCAUCGAGAACUGCCGACGUCAACCUCCUUCCCGUACAUGCUGCACCCGGAAAAGGACUUUUCGCUGCUCAAGGUUGCCUUCCCCUGA